AUGGGGAGAAAGCAGGAUGAACAAGAGCAAGAACAAAAGCAGCAGCAGCAGUCAAAGUCGCUGAGGAGCAAAGCCGUGCACUUUGUAUCCGAUAUCACCACUGUUAUCCUCAACCCCAUCUCCGACAAACCCUCCGCGCCGCCGCCAAAGCCGUCUUCUCAUGAUGGUCUCAACAACUCUCUGAACAGCCAAUCGGAUGUGGAGGAGGAUUCGAAGGGCUCUGUCGAUGGUCCCGAUACGUCAUCUUUUUCUGCAUUUCUAUAUUCGUUUUUGUCAUCCUCCGGACACGAAAAUCAUUCAGAAGAAAGAUCUGAUACUCAUGAGGGUGAGCUUAAGCAACCAACCGAACCAAUAGUAAUUAAAGAGAGCUCAAGAAAGAAAAGUUUGUUUUCGAGGGGUAAGCAUACCCUUGGCAAAGCCUUCUAUCAAGCUGCAAAGAUUGGUGGUUUUCGAAAUCUAGGCCCCAAAGGCAAACCUGAUACAUCUGGUGGAAAUGGAAGUGAUACUCGGAAUGAAGGGAUUUCAAUGCAGACUCUGAAUGAAUCGGUAUCAGUGAUCUCUUCUGAGAAUCUUCCGGAAACUUCUGAGCCAUCGGUACUUCUUUCUGAAAAGAUUCGGAGUGUGCUUUAUGCCGCACUUCCUGUGAUUGUUCAGGGACGAAAAUGGAUGCUAUUAUAUAGUACUUGGAGGCAUGGUAUAUCUCUUUCAACAUUGUACAGAAGAAGUAUGAUUUGGCCUGGUCUCAGUUUGCUGGUUGUUGGGGAUCGUAAUGGAGCAAUAUUUGGCGGCUUAGUGGAUGCACCCUUGAGACCAUCAAGCAAGAGAAGGUAUCAGUACACCUAUCCGAAUCUAGAUCUAGACUUGCGUUGCUUCUUCAAUCCCUGUAAGAAUGUUUCCGGUACAGCGGACGCAUUCGCAAAGUACUCAUGGCCGACGAUACGGAAGUACGAAACCAUCGGCUGGAAGAUCGAGAUCUUGAGUCUGUGGAUGGGAUGCUCGCAAGCGGCCGGCCGAUAUGGGCGUCACCGUUCUUCAUUGAGAAAUCUCAUUUCAAAUUUGUGA